AUGAAACAUGUUGAAAACCUCUUGGUUGAAGUUGCACCAGCAGAGCCCAGCAAAGGAGAAGGUACUGUAGCAAUCGGCCCUACCUACAGAAAUGUGGUCGCAAAGGAUGCGUAUCCAACGCUCGAUGGCGUCAAGACGCUGUACGAGCUGUUCACAAGCAGCGCCAAGCGCUACGCACAGAACCCUUGCCUUGGCAGCAGGAAACAGGUGGAUGGGACUGCUGGGCCCUUCGAGUUCAUCACCUAUGAGGAGACAGCGGAGCUUGUGGCAGCCAUCGGCUCUGCCCUGAGCGCUGUGGGAGUCAAAGCCCACGACAAAUGCUCCAUCUAUGGGGGCAACAGCGCAGAAUGGAUGAUUGCCAUGCAGGCAUGCAACAGGCAGAGCGUGUACUGCGUGCCGUUGUAUGACUCGUUGGGAGAGAACGCUGUCGAAUUCAUCAUCAACCACUCUGAGUCCAGCAUCAUAUUUGUCGCCAGGGAAAAAUUGGAUACUCUGCUGAAGGCGCUGCCCUCUGCGCACAAGGGUCUCACAACGCUCGUGUACUGGGGGACUGGGGACGAGAAGCGUCCCGAUGCAGAACAGGUGAUUUCGUUGACCUACUCGUGGGAUGAGUUUUUGGCGCUGGGGAAGGCAACGCCUGCGCCGCCGGUGCCCCCCAGCCCGGAGGACCUCUGCACCAUCAUGUACACCAGCGGCACCACCGGAGACCCCAAGGGGGUGAUGAUAUCGCACGCGGCGGUGGUGGCUGAGGUGGCGGGCCUGCAUGCCUUCCUGAAGCAGAUCAGUCAUGGCAACACCAUCACAGAAAAUGACGUCGUGCUGUCAUACCUGCCCCUUGCGCAUAUCUUCGACAGGUCUACAGAGGAGAUGUUUCUGUCGGUGGGGGCACGCAUCGGCUACUUCCAGGGAGAUGUGAAAAAACUUGUGGAUGAUAUCGCCGCCCUCAAACCCACCAUCUUUAUUGGCGUGCCGCGGGUAUUUGACCGGAUAUAUGCGGGCGCGAUGAGCAAGAUCGAUGAGAAGGGGGGUCUCGCAGCCAAGCUGUUCCAUUGGGGCUACAGGAGAAAGAGCGCCCGCCUCAAACGCAACAUCCCCGCAGACAAGGCGACGCCGGUGUUCGACAAGGUAGUGUUCAGCAAGAUCAAGGCGCGGCUGGGCGGCCGCGUGAAAAUCAUCGUUAGCGGCGGCGCUCCUUUGGCAGGCCACGUGGAGGAGUUCCUCAAAAUAACCAUAUCAUGGGGUGUGCAGGGGUACGGGCUGACAGAGACCUGUGCGGGCUCCUUCAUCAGCGUUCCAGACCUCUCGGAGAUGGCAGGCACUGUUGGCCCGCCGCUGCCAUGCACAGCAUUCCGGCUCGAGGCAGUCCCCGAGAUGAACUAUGACCCAGCCGGCAGCCCGCCGAGGGGGGAGGUGGUUAUUGGGGGCCCCACGCUGUUCAAGGGCUACUACAAGGACGAGGCCAAGACAAAGGAGGACCUCACGGCGGACGGCUGGUUCCACACUGGGGACGUGGGAGAACUCACUCCAGAAGGAGCCCUGCGCAUCAUCGAUCGCAAGAAGAACAUUUUCAAACUGUCGCAGGGCGAGUACAUUGCCGUGGAGAAGAUUGAGGCGGUGUACAAGAAGAACCCGCUGGUGGAGCAAAUCUGGGUCUACGGCAACAGCUUUGAGAACAUUCUGGUGGCGGUGGUGGUGCCCGCUGAGUCAGCACUGACAUCGUGGGCCGCCGACGCUGACGUCAGCGGUGACCUGGCGGAGAUCGUCAAGGACCCGAAGGCGAACUCCUAUGUCUGGGGCGAACUCAACAAAACCGCCAAGGAGGCAAAGCUUAAGGGCUUCGAACAAAUCAGGAAGAUUCACCUGGAGGCAGAGCAGUUCUCAGUCGAGCAGAAUCUGAUCACUCCCACCUUCAAGCUCAAGCGGCCGCAGCUGCUGAAGCACUACAAGGAGCAGAUAGAUGCCAUGUAUGGGAAGAAGAAAUCGUGA